AUGAAGAGGGUGGAUAGGCCUCGGCCAUUACUGAACCCGGCCGGGCUUGACCAAUCUCGGUAUUGUGCAUUUCAUGAUGGCCCUGGCCACACAACCGAUGAAUGUUGGGAUCUCAGAGACGCAAUUGAAAGAUAUAUCAGAGAUGGAAAGUUGCGUCAGUAUCUGAUAAGAACUCAAGAGUGGAAGAAUAAUAAGAAGAGAAGAGGAGGGCGACCUAUGAGCCCGUCACAGGAAAAGAGAUUCAGGGAAGAGGGCCGAGGUAAGAAAUCGGCCGGAGAAGAGGAUGAGUUCGUAGAACUUGAGUUUGAAUGCAACGUGAUUAGUGGGGCCUUCGGUGGAGGAGGUGAUACCAUGAACGCCAGAAGAAAGUACUUACGAGAGGUGCUUUCAAUACGAGAGCGGCCUAAGUUUAAAAAAGCCGAGCCAGAGGCACCACUACUGUAUUUUACUAAGAAAGAAUUGGAGGACAUAAUGCCAGGACAUGUUGACGGGUUAGAUAUCACCGGCACGUUAGUCAACUGUAAAGUCAAGAAAAUAUUCGUGGAUAGCGGCAGCUGGAGAUUGGGAUAUGCUGGUUUCCACCAAACAUCAGAAGCUUAA